AGGCGAUGGUGAGGAGUGGUGGUGGUGGUGGUGAGGAGCUGGUGAGGAGCGGUGGUGGUGAGGAGCAGCAGGAGACGCUUGAUCUAGUGCGCUGGAGGGCGCUGAGCAAGCUGCUCCUGCGGCUGAGUGAGCAAUGUCCACACCCAGACGUGCGGGAACACUGCCAGCACCUGCAGACACGUGCCCUGGAGAAAGGGCUGCCAUUCCCAAAGUCCCAAGGUUGUGGGCCCAGCACCUUCAUGCCUGAGACGGAGAUGGUGAGCGUCGGGGCGAGUCAGGGCCUGAUGGUGAGCGUCGGGGCGAGUCAGGGCCUGGUGAGCACAGCCUACGCGUCUGCGUUUGCUGACAGCGGCCGAGUGAACCAUGCCCUGCGAGUCAUGAGCUGUCACCCUCUCUUCCUGCACCACUUCACUGUCGCUCACCACCUGAUUAUCUACUCGGACGGCCCGUUGCCUCCCGCUCACCGCCACUACAUCGCCGUGAUGGCAGCUGCGCGUCACCGCUGUGUGUAUUUGGUUCGUCUGCACUCUGAGGAGCUGCUGGCCGCAGUUCAUGCACCACACUGGCUUAGAGGAGUUCACUGUGCGCCUCUGAAACUUCGCAAGCUGGGAGCCAUCAACAAAAUCCUGGCACACCGCCCCUGGCUGCUCACGGCCAGACACAUACAGCGGCUGUUGCUUCCCGGUGAGGACUGCUGGUCCCUUGCCGAGUUGGUUCACGCCGUGGUCAUCAUGAGCCACGUCCACUCCUUGGCGUCCUUCGUCUGGGCCAGCGGUGUGAGCCCCGAGCCGGACCACCGCCCCCGGCAGGAGCCGCUGCACGGCGCCACCGGCGCCACCGGCGGCACCGGCGGCAGCACCGGCGCCGGUGGCGGACGGUCGCCGGUGGCGAUGGGCGACACCGGCGAUGGCUCGGUGACGGUGGAGAACCAGGUGGACGUGGUGAGCUCGCUGAUGGAGCGUAUGCGACAUCUUCAUGGUGGUGGUGGUGGUGAGGAGCAUCAGCAGGCUGGUGGGGUGGUGAGCGUGGGUGGUGGUGGUGGGGGUGGUGGGGUGUGCGUGGGUGGUGGUGGUGGUGGUGGGGUGGUGAGCGUGGAGGAGUUGGCCACGAGGUUCGAGAAGCAGAAAACCAGAAUCAAGACGCUUUCCGAUGCUGCCUUCUCUCUCCUGACCGACGACCUGUCAUUCACCUACAAGGACUUUGAGGGUGGUGAGGAUUGGUGCGGUGAGGAAGGAGCCUCACCACCACCCUCACCACCACCCUCACCACCACCCUCACCACCCUCACCACCCUCCUCCUCCUCCUCCUCACCACCGCCUCACCGUCACCGCCUCCGUCACACGCGGUUCCCGCCGACUUUCCGGGCGCAGGACUUUACUUGGCUGGAUCACGCCUUCUCCGCUGUCAGCCGAUUCUCCCCGGACCUGGGCUCGGCCUUGGACGAGCGGUUCCUGCUCGCAACUCAGCUCACCUAUCACACCAUCGCCUCGCACCACGGCGUCGACACCUCCUCACUACGCCGCUCUGUCUGGAACUACGUACACUGCAUGUACGGGAUCCGCUAUGAUGACUACGAUUAUGGCGAGGUGGAUCAACUGCUGGAUGACCACGUUCGUGACUUCAUCAAAACGUCGGUCUGCUUUCCAGAGCGAAUCACCGCAGACCUGCAUGAAGCCUUCUGGCCCCAAUUCCUCCCGUCGGAGAAGGUGUGCUGGGUAGUGUAGUGGGUAGUGUAGUGGGUAGUGUAGUGGGUAG